GGGCCGGCCAUGAUAUUGGUAGUGGUGGUGGUAGUGACGUUGGUGGUGGUGAUGGCGGCGAUGUAAAGCAGGAAGAAUGUGAGCUUGAUGAAGACUUGUCUCUUAUAUCCGAUUCUCAUCAAAGAGGCAUGGCUCGUGUGAGAGGCUACAAAGUGAAUCGCAGCAUUGCACCAACUCUUGAACACAUUUUCAAUGAACACGGUGACAUUGCAGCUAGGUGUAAAUUUUCCUCGAGUCUCAAAGCAUUUUUCCUUGAGUCUGUUUGUAAAGUUUUCAGGCAGAUCCAAACCAACGAUAUCGAAAAACUGUCAGAAGUAAAGGCUGUGUUGUCGGAUUUAAAGAAAGCCAAGAUUGAUGUGGCAUGGCUGGAAGCUCUCCUUGAAGCCAUUCGCAAGAAGAAGGAGGCAAAUAAACAGUAUUGUUUGUCUUUGGAAGUGAAAAUCGGCAUCAUGAGGGCUAAAAAUUCCUUCGAGAUAGAUGUGAGAAGGGGACGUGCGCAGCUUGUUGCUUUACGAGAACAGAUUAAAGAGGCUCAAAAGGGUGCAGAUGCAAUGCGUCUUGUUGAAAAGUAUCUAGAUGACACCCGCAAGGAUCAUGAAGCUGACCCGUAUCUGGUUAUAUAGGCUGAUUAGAUUAUGCUAUGGUGUGUAAGUGAACACGAGGGGCAAGUUUAAACUCUGAUAGAGACAAGAGUGUGUGAGUAUUUGCAGUUUAUCGACUAUGUGUUUUGAACCUUAGAUUAUGCUAUGGCGGUGAAUCCCCACCGAGAUCGAAGAGCCUGUGUGGUAUUAGAAAUUACCAAUAAAAACAGGGUCUACUCGGGCUCAAAUCAAAUGCUUUUAUAGUUUCAAAUAGCCAUAUGCGGAACAUGAU